CAUUUCUGAACGAUCGAUCUGCAACAACGACGGCUGUGAAAGCCGGGUGAGAAAGGCAUAAUGAGCAGCCCAAUCGCAUCGACCUCGCGGCAGAUGCUCUCCGGCGUGGUCGGUCGAAGCGCCCGGCGGUACGCCACGUCGUCAGUGCCAGGAAGUGCUGCAGCGGCGGCACAGACUCCGGCAGCGGCCGAAGACCACGUCACAACCUCGCUCCUCCUCUCUCGGCCGCCCAGGAUUCUCCGCACUCCUCACCCGUUUGAAACGGCCUACUUUUCCUACAAUGCUCGGCUGCAGCGUGCGCUAGCCCAACCUUUUCCCAAGGACUUUUACUUUAAGCGCGGGAGCGCUGCCGAGCGCCGCUUUGACCAGGAAGAGGCUGCUCGGAGGGCGGCAAAGACGGAGGAGGCUGCCGCUGCAGCCGCUGCCUCAUCGGAGGGCGAAGCAGGGCAAGCAAAGGGGCUGAGCGAGGAAGGGAACCAAGAGAACAGCCCUGCACCUCGCCAGACAAAGGCAGACGAGCUGGGCGAUGUCAAGUCGCUCGACCGAGCGCUGGACAGGACCCUCUUUCUUCUCGUCAAGGAGCAGGGAUCACAAGGACGAGGGUGGACGCUGCCCUCGACAAUUGUACCAAAGAGCGGUCGAAGCGAAGGGAGCGAGACGUUGCAUCUGCGUGCACCUGGCGCUGUGACGAAGCUUUUGGGUGACUCGAUGGACAUCUGGAUGAUCAACCACCUGCCUGUUGGCGUCUUGCCCCUGCUCGAAGCUGGGUCCGACAAGACCUAUGUGAUGCGGGCUCACAUCCUCGCGGGACAAGCCUCUGAGUCAUCAUCGGUCGAUUACGCCUGGCUGACGCGCGAAGAGGUACAGCAGCACCUGUCGUCGUCCAAGGCGUUGCCCGGCCUCGAUGCACUCCUCAGUCAAUGACAAAUCUCCGAUUGAGCAGCUAAAAAAAAGAAAAUUAUAGCCAACUUGCAUUGUAUCAAUCCCAUCAAGAGAAAUACUGUCCAUGAUUGUCAGCUUCCUCCUCCUCUAUGUGUCUUUUCUCACGGCCUCAGUCGAGUGGGAGGGUGACCCCCCGACGACGCGCUUGGCGCCUGCAGCAAUGG